GAAAUAGUUACGAGCUAUUUACAAUCUUCACCUUCUUCCAUUUUCUUCCUUCUCACGAGCCUGCUACAUCGCUGAAGUUUUUCUGCGCAUCUUCUCCUUCCCACCAAGCGAACGGUAGCAAUCGGGCCUCAGCGGAAUAUGGCGGCCUCUCUCCAAAGAAUUUGUGGCGGCGGCUGCCGCACCAUUCGCCUAACUCUCUCCCCGCUCUCCCGACAGUUUUCAUCGUCAGCUUCCGAUGCCCUGGUGGAGACGAAGCCCGGCGAGAUCGGCAUGGUCUCCGGUAUUCCUCAUGAGCAGCUUCGCCGGAGGGUAUCCCAUUUGCCGCCAUCUAUUUUCAGUUGUAAUUUACUCCCCUGCGAGAACUGCAACUCAGCAAGGAUCCGGGAAACUUGGGAAGUGGAAAAUUAACUUUGUGUCUACACAGAAGUGGGAGAACCCAUUGAUGGGUUGGACAUCCACAGGUGACCCAUAUGCCAAUGUUGGGGAUUCUGCACUUAGCUUUGAAAGCGAAGCUGCUGCUAAGGAUUUUGCUGCAAGACACGGCUGGGACUACGUGGUAGUAAAAAAGUACCAAACUCCACUUCUGAAGCCGAAGUCGUACGCAGACAACUUCAAGUUCAAGGGCUUGCCAGAAGCUGAGGAAAAAUAAUUCUGGUUAUCAGCUGCCGCUGGUAUGGUUUCCUUGUAGGGUAAAAGUUGCACAGAUCUGAGGGUCUUUACCCUUUCCGCAGAGUGCAAGAUUUUCAGCAAUGUGGCAACGCUGUAUUUUGCUGCAGAUUUCUCUGGUUACACUAAUAAUUCAACGACUCUCUAUUUAUAUUCUCGAUCUCGCAUUUGUACAAGUUCAGUGGCCUUUAUUGAGAUGUCAAUGAUGUAAGAAAGCACCGCAAUAAGAGCACCGUCGAUCGAACCUGAAAUUCACCCUUUCAUUUCCAUCAGUUAAUCAAUGAGAGUUAUCAAGUGUCUCUUGUGAUAUUGCCAUAUUGGCAUUACUUAAUGGAGGCAUUAUUAAUGGUGUCUCUCUGUCUUGCACUGACUGGAUCUGAUAUUCGAGUUUGUGAAAGCCAG